UCAGAAACAAAUUUGUCAUAGCGGAUUUGGCCUUGGCUUUCCAUUUCGGUUGUGUUUUGUCUUUUCGACCCCCUUCCACACAUAACCUCCUAACACAGGCCGUCGGCCGUCCAAUUCUCCUCCUGGUUGAAUUAAGGAUUGCACUUCGAUUUUAGCUCCCUUCCAUCUAAACACAAAUGGAGGAAUAUACAAGAGAGCCAUGUCCCUGGCGAAUUAUGGAUGACAUUGGAGGUGCUUUCGCCAUGGGUGCCAUUGGAGGUGGUGUUUUUCAGAGCUUUAGGGGCUUUCGAAAUGCUCCUAGUGGUCUCACAAGGCGCCUCGGCGGCAGCUUGUCGGCCAUUCAACAGCGGUCGCCCGUCAUAGCUGGAAGCUUUGCUGUUUGGGGUGGGAUGUUUUCAACAUUCGACUGCAGUUUGGCCCAUCUCCGAGGGAAAGAAGAUCCAUGGAAUUCAAUAAUGAGUGGAGCAUUGACUGGAGGGGUAUUGGCUGCUCGAAGCGGACCUGGUCCGAUGGCUGCAAGUGCUGCUGUUGGAGGCCUAUUAUUAGCUUUAAUAGAAGGUGUAGGAAUUUGGAUGACAAGAAUGACAGCAGAGCACUUCCAACCGCAGCAACCACUCCCUGCAGACGCCCAGCCACCACCAUUUGCUGGCAUUAAUUUGGACUCUUCAGGUCAACAAUCAGAAUUUCAGUAACUAUAGCGAUGCUAAAUCAAUUAAUUUUUCAAAUGAUUGAAGAUGGUUUAAUGUACAUAUUUAGGUCUGUUCGUUUUUUUUUUCAAUUUGAUUGUUUAGCUUUUAAGGUUUUGUAUGCAAAUGUGUGCAUACUUGAAUUUCCACUUCUGAUAUAAUUGAAACAUUUACCCUCUGUGGUACACCAUGGUUUGUCAUUCAUAUUUCACUAAUUAUAAAUGUUGGCUGCAUAUUUCAUGUCGAUGCAUUUGAAUGUCUCCAAAGUUUGAGCUAAAAUCUUAGUGCUGCUAGACACUGUUAUUUCCUGUUAGUCUAUUAUACUUUGUUAGAGAUUAAAAAAUAAUUUACUAUCUA